AUGGAGCGUGUAUUCUCAGUAGACGAUAUUCUCGGCACGUUUUGGAAAGUCGACGCACAGGGGGAUGCGGCUGCGGCGGCUUCCGCCGCCGCCGCAGCCGCAGCAACCGGCGGAAUGUUCCCCCCUCCCUCUAUGCUCCCCCCCGGGGUCCCCUUCCCCGGCCAUCCGCCCGGUGUGAACGGAGGGGGCGGUGGCGGUAGCGAGUUACAACGUCCUAUACCGCGUACAGGCUCGUUCCACCGUAUGAACCGCAGCUCCUCGGAAUGGGCCUUUCACGAAUUCGUUAAGGAGCAGGGCCUAACCGGAGUGGGAGCAUUAGGCGCCGCAGGAGCCGCAGAAAUUGGCGGCGGGAGUGCCGCUGGCGCGUCCGGUAUGGGUCCGCCUGGAAUGAACCCGUUAAUUCCGGGUCUAAGCCAGGUUUCGAGUCUCGAUAAGCUGCUAGGAGACAGUCCCUCGAAGCUUAAUCUCGCGUCGUACUAUCGUGGCUUAGACGGCGGAGCGGAAGGCGCUGGUGGCGCGGCGGGAGCGGGCGCAGGAGGGGGGGCGGGAGCAGGAAGUGGAGAUGGCGCGGGGAAGACGGGCGGAGAUGCAAGCGGGGAACAACAGCGGCUUGGGCUCAGCGGGUUAGGGAGGGCCUCUGGGGGCGAAGCGGGGGCAGGGGCGCGGACGGAAACGGAGGCGGGCGCUGUAGCUGGUGACGGCGGCGGCGACGGCGGCUCAGCGGCCUCUGCUCCCGCGGGGUUUGCGGCACCUGUCGGCGCGGGAUCGGCAUCUGGCUUCUCCCCGCCGCCCGCGGCGCCCAGCACGGUUCUCGCGCCGGGCGGCACGGCAGCAGCCGCAAGCGGAGGCGGCGGAGGCGGUGCGGGGAGAAGAGCAGCAGCCAUAACGAGCCCUCCCCGUCGUGGCUUUCAGGCCCAUCCGCCCGCUCACAGACCCGCAACCCACGGAGUUUCAGGCGCUACAGCAGCAGGGGGGGCAGCCGGCGGAGGAAGAGGAGGAGGGGGAGCAGCAGCAGCAGGGUCCGCGCGCGGGCUUUCCUCCCGCGAGGCAUCCGAAGAGCCGCGAUCCGACGGCGAGGGCGCGCGGUCCGAAGGCGAGUACGAGUUAGUCGCCUCCUUAGAACACCUGACGGACCCGGGGGAGAUUAAGAAGGUGAAGCGCAUGCUGUCGAACCGCGAGUCGGCGCGGCGGUCGCGGAGGCGCAAGCAGGCGCAUGUGAGCGACCUGGAGGGGCACGUGCAUCAGCUGCAGGCGGAGAACGCGAGCCUUGCGAGCCGGCUGGGGGAGAUUGGGCGCAAAUACAACGAGGCGGCGGUUGAUAACCGCGUGCUGAAAUCCGACGUGGAGGCACUGCGCGCCAAGGUAGGGAGAGGCUUUGGACCAGGUAGGGAGCAACUUUUGAGUCGAGUCAACUCAAGUCAACUCAAAAGUCAUCUGGGGGAGAUUGGGCGCAAAUACAACGAGGCGGCUGUUGAUAACCGCGUGCUGAAAUCCGACAUGGAGGCGCUUCGAGCCAAGGUGAAAAUGGCAGAGGAGAUGGUGGGUCGGGUCGCCCACAUGGCACAGUACAUGUACCACCAGCCAAUGGCGUUCCGCCACGACGCAGCUUCCGCCGCCGCUGCCGCCGCCGCUGCUGCUGCCAUGCCAUACCCCUCGCCCAUCGAUCUUCCAUACUAUCCCCGCCCCCACCGUGCAUCCCAACCUCCACCGGCGCCUUACUCCCUCCCUCCACACGCCGCCGCCCACGCCGCCCAGGCUUCUCAUGCCGCCCAUGCCCAUGCCGCCGAGGCUGCCCAUGCCGCCCAGGCCGCCCAGGCCGCCCAGGCCUCUCAUGCCUCUCACGCCGCCCAUGCUGCCUCUCUCUCCCUUGAUCCGAACCAAGCCAAUGGGGCUCCGCCAUCUGGCAUGCACCCGAACCUCUUGCCGGGCCUCGGAUUCACGCCAGGCAUGGACCCAAACGUGUAUGGGAUGAUGCAGGCAGGUAUGGUGCCGGCAGGUAUGGUGGGGGCGAUGCCUGGUGCCGUACCUGGAGGGGAUGGUUCGGGAGGCAUGGGAGGGGCGAUGCCUGGUGCUCCUGGGUCGUCCUCUGCUGCUGCUGCCCAUGCUGCUUAUGCCGCUGCUGUAGCAGCAGCUGCAGGCGCAGGUGCAUCAGCAGGAGGAGCAGGAGCAGAAGGAGGAGCAGGAGGAGGAUUCGUACCAGGUGGGACAGCAGCAGGAGGGGGAGGAGGAGGGGGAGGGGCCGGGUCACCAGCACCAGGAGUGAGAGAGGGGAGCAACGGAGGAGGAGCAGGGGGGGGAGCAUCAGGGGGUGGCGCUGGGGGUCCUGCUGCAGAGCCCACUGAAAGCGCGGGCGGAAAGAUAGAGCGAUCAGGCAGUCUGCAGCGGGUUUCGAGCCUGGAUCAUCUGCAGAAGCGAAUGAGAGGGGCGGGAGCAGCUGACGUGUCAGCUGCCACGUCAGCAGCAGCAGGGGGAGGGGCGGCGGGGGUAGGGGGAACGGUGGCCGGAGCGCCAGCAACAAUGGCGGGGCAUGAAGCUGCGGCUGCAGCGGCGGCGGCGGCGGCGGCAGCAGCGGCCGGGAUGUGGGCGCUGGGGUGGCAUGGUGGUGCUGCUGUAGGGGAUGGGGCAGCAGCAGGUGGGGGGAUGGGUGGGGGCAUGGGUGGGGGGAUUGGUGGGGGGAUGGGUGCGGGUGCAGUGCGUGUUGGGGUUGGCAUGGUGCUGCUGCUGCAUGGGAUGGGGGGAGCAGCGUCAGGUGGAAUGGUGGUGAGGGCUCUGGUGGGUACUGCUGAUGAUGCAGUUCUGGAUACCUUCUACGUCCAGAACGCUGCUGGCAACAAGAUCGAAGAUCCGGCUGAACUCAAUAUCCUAAAGAAGGCUCUCGAGGUUCUGGCCGUCCCCGUGGCGUCUCCGCCAGCCGUGCGUCCCUCCGCGGUGCAGGUUGGGAGCCCUGCAGUGGACCUCCGGAAGCGGCUCAAGGACGUGUAUCUGAGCAACGACGUGCUCUCCAUCCAGGAGAGCAUCGUGAACCACGUCGAAUACACUCUCGCCCGCGAUCGCCACCAUUUCGACUCGUAUGAGUGCUAUCAAGCAGUGGCGCACAGCGUGAGGGAUCGCCUGAUCGAGAGCUGGAAUGACACCAACGAGCACUUCCGUGCUGCUGACCCCAAGCGUGUCUACUACCUCUCCAUGGAAUUCCUCAUGGGCCGGUCGCUGCUCAACAGCCUCUACAAUCUCAACCUGCACGAUGUCUACGCCCAGGCUCUCUCACAGCUUGGGUACAAACUGGAAGAUGUUGUGGAGCAGGAGCGUGAUGCUGCACUUGGCAACGGCGGUCUUGGAAGGCUCGCAGCCUGCUUCCUUGACAGCAUUGCCACCCUCGACCUUCCCGGAUGGGGGUACGGCAUUCGCUACCAGUACGGCAUGUUCCGUCAGACCCUUGAGAAUGGGUUCCAGCACGAGCAGCCCGACUACUGGCUUACCUUCGGCAAUCCUUGGGAGAUUGAACGGACUAACAUUUCGUACACUGUGAAGUUCUACGGCCACGUGGAGCAGUACACGGACAGCAGGGGCUACCAGCGCUUCAACUGGGUUCCCGGGGAGCAGGUUCAAGCUGUGGCGUACGACAACCCAGUGCCCGGCUACGGCACCAACAACACUAUCAACCUGCGCCUGUGGGCUGGCAAGCCCUCCACGGAGUUCGAUCUGCAGUCCUUCAACACGGGCGACUAUGUCGCUGCCAUUCUCUCCAAGCAGCGCGCGGAGUCGAUCAGCAGCGUGCUGUACCCCGACGACCGCAAGCCGCAGGGCAAGGAGCUGCGGCUGAAGCAGCAGUUCUUCAUGGUGUCCGCCUCGCUGCAGGACAUCAUCCGCCGCUUCAAGAGGACCGAAACCGACUUCACCAAGCUCCCCGAGAAGGCGGCGAUGCAGCUGAACGACACGCAUCCGACGAUCAGCGUGGCGGAGCUGAUGCGGCUGCUGAUGGACGAGGAGGGGCUGGGGUGGACGCUGUCGUGGCAGAUCACGCAGAAGGUGUUCGCCUUCACCAACCACACCGUGCUGCCCGAAGCCCUCGAGAAGUGGCCCGUCAGCCUCAUGGAGAGCCUGCUGCCCCGCCACAUGCAGAUUAUCUACCAGAUCAACUUUGAGUUCAUGCAGAUGGUGAAGGCGCGCUUUGGCGACGACUUCUCGCGCUCGUCGCGCAUGUCCAUCAUCGAGGAGGGCGAUGUCAAGAACGUGCGCAUGGCGAAUCUGGCGAUCGUGGCGUCGGAGUCUGUCAACGGCGUGGCGGCCAUUCACUCGGAGCUCAUCAAGCAAACCAUUUUCAAGGAAUUCUAUGAGCUCUGGCCCCACAAGUUCCAGAACAAGACAAAUGGAGUCACCCAGCGGCGCUGGCUGGCGUUCUGCAACCCGGGGCUGCGCGAGCUGGCGGACGAGGUGGUGGGGUCGGACGACUGGGUGUCGGACCUGGAGAAGAUCAGGGCGCUCAGGAACAAGGCGGAAGACGCUGCCUUCCAGAAGCGCUGGAGAGAGGUGAAGCAGCAGAACAAGCAGAAGCUCGCUGACGUCAUUCUCAAGCUCACCGGUGUCAAGGUGAGCACGGAGGCGCUGUUUGACAUUCAAGUGAAGCGCAUUCACGAGUACAAGAGGCAGCUGCUCAACGUGCUCUCUGUCAUCCACCGCUACGAAGAGAUCAAGCGCAUGUCCUCGGAGGACAAGUGUCGGGUGGUGCCGCGGGUGGUGCUGCUGGGCGGCAAGGCAGCGCCGGGGUACGAGAUGGCGAAGCGCAUCAUCAAGCUGAUCAGCGCCGUGGGGGAGAAGGUCAACAACGACCCGGCUGUGGGCGACCUGCUCAAGCUCGUCUUCCUGCCCGACUACAACGUGUCUCUCGCUGAGAUCAUCAUCCCCGCCAGCGACCUCUCGCAGCACAUUAGCACGGCGGGCACGGAGGCGAGUGGCACGAGCAACAUGAAGUUCGCCAUGAAUGGGGGGCUCAUCAUCGGCACCAUGGACGGCGCUAACGUGGAGAUUGCGGAGGAGAUUGGCGAGGAGAACAUGUUCAUCUUUGGAGUGCGUGAGCAUGAGGUCUCCCGCCUGCGCCGCGAGCGGCCAGGCUACAACCCAGACGGCCGCUUCACCAACGCUGUCAACAUGAUCCGCAACGGCCAGUUUGGGUGGGUGGACUACUUCACCCCGCUAGUGCAGUCGCUGGACGGCCCCAUGGGUGGAGACUUCUAUCUGCUCGCCAACGACUUCCCCUCCUACCUCCAGGCCCAGGCUAAGGUGGAUGAGACAUGGCGGAACAAGGGACAGUGGGAAAAGAUGAGCAUUCUGAGCACAGCAGGCAUGAGCAAGUUCAGCAGUGAUCGCACGAUUGCAGAGUAUGCCAAGGACAUCUGGCACGUGCAG